UUGUGUAUACGUAAACGAUAUGAUGUUUGUUCCAGGCACACUGGAGCUCGCCUUGGCAAAGUUGCAGCCUCUGGAUGUGUGACUAGAUUUGAGACGGUUGAUCUCCGUUAUUCCUGGGUGAUUGAAGAUUUUAGCGCUCAAAUGGAUCUUCAUUCAAUUGGAGAACAUCUAACGAGCAAGAAUUUUGGUGACAACGAUCAUGAAUUCGUGUUGAAGUUGUUUCCCGCUGGUAAGGAUGAUGACUGCACUGGAUAUAUAUCUCUGUAUCUUCAGAUAAUAAAAUGUCCGAAUCCCAAGAUACAAUUACGGAUUCGAUUCAGCGUCGAAACGCCUGAUGGACCUAGGGAAUGCUCGUUAAAUAAGAGUGUCCUAUCAAUUAAUCGUGGUGGAAUAAUCACUGCAAGCAAAUUUUUUCAUUCGGAUAUCGUCAAGAAUAGAUUUCUCCGUCGUGGGCUGAGGGAUGCCCUGACGGUGAGCGCAGACAUUACGGUGUUUCUCGAUUACAAGACGACUGCCGAAUUGCCAUUCCGAGACUAUGAAACGGAGGAAGUCGUUUUGGCAAGUUGUUACGAUUUUCCAGGUACUUUCGAGUGCGGUUCAACGGUUUCUAACUCAGAAGUUUUGCGUGAAAUGUUGACCACUGAGCGCUUUGUUGACUUCAUUAUUGACGUCGACAAUCGCCAAUUUCGUCUACAUCGAUGUGUGCUGGCAGCUACCUCCCAAUAUUUCAGCGCUAUGCUCAAAAAUGAAACUUUGGAGACAGAGAAUGGACGUGUAGAACUUAAGGAUAUUUCUGCGGAUGUAUUCGAAAUAAUCGUCAACUCCAUAUAUGAGAUUAGAAGGCCGCAGAGUGAAGAGAUCACUAUGGAACUGAUCAAAGCGGUAGACAUGCUGAUGAUGGAUGGGCUGAAAGCUUAUUGUUGCGCACUUCUCAUGCGGGACAUAACGGUGGAUAACUUUGCCAUUCGGCUUCAAAUCGCCGACUUUUUGAAUGAUGAUGGGUUAUUCAAAAGACUCGUGGUGUUCCUUGCCACGAACCGCAAGGAGGUUUUUGCUCACGAGGACUGGGUUGAAUUACGAAAUGCCUGUCCGAAAAUGGUAUGUCGAGUGGUGGAAGCUGCGUGGACGUAUGCGGACAGCCAUUUUCCUUACAUCAAAUUCACCAAAAGACGUCGAUUCUGUCACUGA